AUGCCACCAUUGAACAUGCUAAGCCUUGCCGAUCUCGAACAGGUGUUGCGAGAAAUGCAGCUUGAGUUGCAAGAACUCAAGGAUUUCAAUAAGGAGUUGACAGAGGAGAACAAGAUCCUCAAAGCAAACCAGCCAAAGCAGAAGAAAAAGGGUCAGAAUGUCUCUGAGGAACACAUGGCCUUUAACAAAGAAAUCUGUUUAUGUGGUCACAAGUAUGGUGCCUGCUAUGAAAUGUUUGCACCAGACAGGCAACUUCUUCAGCAUCCUAAUCCCACUUUCACUCCACCUCUCAAUGAACCUUCACACUAUGAAACACAGGCCUCAGCAGAGUCAGCCUUGAUCACAGAGCUAUUCAGUCUACUUCUGUCACACAUCCUCCAUCUGGUUGGGGAUAAUCACUUCGCCAACAUUUUUGAGGAUGCGAUGAACAGUAGCCGUGCAUCUGAAAUCAAGAAACUGUGCUCCAAAGCUGGGCUUAUCUUUGGUCUUCCUGAACAGUAUUUUACCGACACAGCUUACAACCGAGCAAGCAUACCUGAGAUUCAGUGUCUCCUUGGUACCUCUACAUCCCAGUGCAUGCCCAAGCCCUUCCUGUCCAUCCUUUUUCCGAAUCUGGUCGAAGAUCCAUUGUUGAAAACAGUCUUUGGUAAUUUGGAAAUCUUCGGCAAGGUUAUUUUUCUACUGAGUGCUGACAAGGAAUUUCACUAUUCUGGCAAGGGUGAGACUAUGAAGACUCACUACAACUAUAUGUUCUCCUCAUACAAGAAGAUUCUUGUCAAGAACUGGAACACAGAAUACAUGUGCGACAUUGUGAAAAAGCUGAAUAAUUUCAUCUUCUCCAAAGGUUCAAGAACGACUAAUUCGACAUUAGACAAAGAGGAUUUCACAGCAGCUAUGGAUCAUGCCUUGGCAGGUGUGGUCGAAGGCGAGGCAAGCACUGCAUGGCCUGAACCUGUUAUAGAGGAUAUCAUGGAUGAAACAGGUUGCUGA